AUUGCAGCAAAAAGUGAGUAUUCUAAAUAUAAAAGAGCGACAACACGAAACAAUGACGACCGCUUGUUUGUUGACUGUCACGAUCGAGUACUAGCUAGCACUCAUUCCAAUCAGAGACUCUUUAUACUGCCUUGUCGUUGUUGUGCUUUCCUUUGACCAAGUUGCUUUUACUUGAGUGCUUAUUGCUUCGUGGUCAAGCUAGCUACGGAGUGUUGGCCUAAACUGUGACAGAGCACCUUUCGAAAACCAUAUCAUGAGACGCCACCAUGGCUCAAUCGAACCUGCAUCGACUUCCACUACACUGUCACUACCAAACUCUGGCCGUCACAAUCGAAGACAAUCACCUGUGGCGUUGAAUCAUGACAUCUUGCCAACGACACUGCACUCUACAGUAGCCUUGCAAAAUGCCGAAGAUACAGCAUUAAGACACCAGGAUGAUGGUAACAAGAAGAGAGCCAGCAUGAUGAUUCCGACUCUCCUAAUUCAACGAGAUGGUGUCCUGACAUUCCACCCUGUUUUGAUCAAGGGAUUCUUCAUUCUGGGAGGAAUGGUGCUAUUGGCAAUCCAUGUAUUUUUGUUGUGGGAAAUGAUGAUGACGGCGGACACAAAGGCUCCACCCGAUUUGCCUGUACCGCAACACCAAAAGAACGACAAUCAACUUAUACUCACCAAAUUGGGGCCACGGGACAGAGAACAAUAUACAAUUCGCAUUAAUACUUGGCAACGGCACGAACAACUAGCCAUCUCUAUAGACCAUCAUGCCAGUUGUCCUGGUGUGGCACAAAUACAAGUUGUAUGGUGCGAACCACAGGAUCCACCAGACUCACUCCUCCAGUUGCACCCGGACAAGGUCAUUUUCGAACGACAUCAAGUCAAUUCAUUGAAUGAACGAUUUCAUAUUUUACCGACUACCAAAACACCCACCGUGGGGAUUCUAAGCAUGGACGACGACGUGCUAAGGCCUUGUCAAGCCAUCGACUCGGGAUUCUUUCAAUGGACCCAGUCGCCCUCGCGCAUGGUCGGAUUUGAUUAUCGAGUGCAUGUCGAAAACGACAAUGGAUCCUGGAAGUAUGGAUACCUGAGUACCACACAAAAGGGAAAUCGGUAUAGCAUGUCUCUGCCUCGCUAUGCUUUCCUGCAUCGAGAUUAUUUGGAUCUCUACAUGACACAGUUGCCACGUCCCAUUUUUGAUCAGGUGGCAGAGCACUUCAACUGUGAAGACAUUGCCAUGAGCUUUCUCAUUUCCUCCCGCACCAAGGGGAGGCCGCCUCUGCUCGCCCACUUUUGGUCCAUUGAAUCCAUGAUCAAGUUACAUGUCCCGAAACGAAUUAGUGGUACUAAGGAUCACAAGGCUUUGAGAGAUGCAUGUGUUGAGAGCUUUGCACAACAUCUAGACCUCAAGGGUCGCCUCUAUGCGGCUCCGAUUUUGUAUCGCAAUGACACCAUGUUUUACUGUGGCGACAAACACUAUCAUGAUGAUGACGACGACAAACACAAAUCCAACCUCCGCCAAGAGAUUAGUAAUCGCGAGGAAGACCUAACCAAGAAUAUCCGCCAAUGGAAGAAAUUCAGCAACAAACACAUGGCAAAGUUUGUUUCAGAAAUGAAAGCCAACGCUUCUGCAAACGCCAAGCUUGCGGGGCUCAUUGAGCAUACUGAAGAAUGGACUGCUAGAUUUAGGAACGCACAUGAAAAAUAGCUCGACUCAAGCGAAUGGGGCAUGGGACGUCUGCAUGAAUCUUGCGCUGUAGUGGUCUAUACUGUAGCUUUCAAUUUUUCUAUCAUUCCCUUUAUUAAAUGCAGUACACACCGGUAGCAGUUGCCUGCCUAUCGCCAAUG